ACCUGCCUGUCCGCUCAGAGCCGAGAGGAGGAGCUUGUGGGGCGUGGGAUUCCAGACAAAGAAGACAAAUGCACACUAACAGCACAUACGACUGGAGCAAAAACGGACAGCUGGAAUCAAUCUUCAAUUCUUUGGACUACUCCCCCCCCCCCUAACUAACAAACUUGUCAAAAAAGUGGGAGUUGGUGUGAAUCCAUAGGGUUGCUGACAUAUGUUGCCUUAACCGUGUGGAAAAGUGUGUGUGUUGGCAUGUUUGGGAUGGCAAAGUGGGGCUGGCUCGACCAACAGCUCCGCUCUUAGCUUUGCGCCAUGGGGGGUUGCCAUAGUUACCCCACGGAGACCAAAGCAGACGGAAAAGCUCCUCCCGACGUCAAAAAUGACAAACUAGGUAUUAACAACAAUAACCUGGAGGAGCGUCCGUACCUCCAGCAGGAGUACGUGUGCCAGCACAUCACUCACUUGGACAUGUGCGCCCUCACGGCGCUGCCGCCUGGCAUGGAUAAGGCCGAGUGGCUGGCCAGCAACACUGUAGCAUUUUUCAAACACAUAAACCUGUUCUCCAGCGCGCUGUCCGAGUUCUGCACGCCCAGCACCUGCCCGACUGCCUGUGGACCAGGCGACACAGUUUAUGUUUGGACUGACGACCACGGCAGGAAGCUGAAGUGCUCCGCUCCACUUUACUUUGACUACGCCAUGUCCUACAUUCAGGACCUACUAACUGAUGAAGAUGUGUUCCCUACAAAAGCAGGCUCAGUGUUCCCCACAGGCUUCAUCUUUCUGGUCCAGAAGGUGUUUUUGCUGCUGUUCAGGACUCUGGCCCACAUUUACUGGUCUCACUACCGGCAGACGCUGGCACUGGGCCUCCACCCACACCUAAACACACUUUUCACACACCUGGCCCUCUUCUGCCGGCAGCACGCGCUCCUGGAUGCGGAGGACACGGAGCCGCUGCGGGACCUCAUUAAGGCUCUGGGACUGCAAGGAUGAGACAGGAAACAUUGGCCGGUUACAGCUGGAUAAGAAGUUUUGUGAAAUGUUCACCCACAUCAGGCUUCAGUCGUGUAUAGAUUUUUAUUUUUAAUGACUUUGUCAUAAAUUGUGUAUUUUUUACCAUGACAAUGCAUAACUAUGUACUGAUACAGACAUUGCUGGUCCUUUAAGUAUUCUACAUUUGUAUUUUAAACACCCAUAAUCUUCUGGUUGCCACCUCUCAACUGACAUAACUGGUGGUCCAGUAGCAAGUAUUAACUGUGCCAUCAUCUAUAACAUAUACAACCACCAUAAGAAGUAUGACAACAUUAAGACUGCAUGAUUACAAUCUCCUCUCAACUAUUAUAUAUGAAACUACUCAACUUGUGUGUACUCUGUGCCAUAAACCUGUGCCUGGAAAAUAAAAGUGGCAAAAAUGUUACAGAUGA